AUUUUCUUAUUUGAAAACAAAAAAAACUUCCAGAAAGUACCCCUGUAUCAAUAUGCAUGGUCUAUCUUUACUGAUUGAUAAUUGUUUCUAGAGAAAUUGACUAUGUCUACAAGGGUUGUUGGCAUUGACAUGGAGGAUCACAAGGCUUCCAUCGCCGCGGUUUCUCACCCAAGUUACGGUCAAGUUUUUGGUGAUAAAGUGAGGAGGUUUCCGGGUUUGUUGUGGCAUUCAGCCAGCAAAUUUGGUGGGGUUUUGAGGAACUAUCUUAAGAGGUUUGCUCAGAGAGUGUUGAAAUUUCUGGGUUCAUGGUGGCAUACAUUUCGGAAGGUGGGUGAAGAAGAUCAUAGAAGAGUGAUUCAUGCUCUGAAAGUUGGUUUUGCAUUGGCACUGGUUUCACAGUUGUAUUUGAUUAAGCCACUGUACAAAAGGUUUGAUGACGGUGCCAUCUGGGCUGUGAUGACUGUUGUUGUUGUGCUUGAGUUCACUGCAGGUGCAACUUUGUACAAAGGAUUGAAUAGAGGAUUGGGGACAUUUUUAGCAGGAUUCUUAGCCGUCUUCAUUGAAUACAUUUCAAACGCAUCCGGUCAUACUUUCAGAGCUGUUUUCAUUAGUGUUGCCGUUUUCCUAGUAGGAGCUGGAGCUACAUACAUGAGGUUCUUUCCUUCCAUAAAGAAGAACUAUGACUAUGGCGUUGUGAUUUUCCUUUUAACCUUUAAUUUGAUCACCGUAUCAAGCUAUCGUGUUGACAAUGUAUUGAACCUAGCGAAAGAACGAAUGUAUACCAUCGGUAUUGGCUGUGGCAUCUGCCUUUGGAUGACUCUUUUCAUCUUUCCCACUUGGUCCGGCCAGGACCUUCAUAAUUCCACUGUCACCAAACUCGAAGGCCUCGCUAAAUCCAUCAAAGCUUGUGUGAAGGAAUAUUUCAAUGAUAACGAUGCUGAAGGAGUGGGCCAAAAUAUUGAUGAUAUUAUCUACCAAGGUUGCAAGCUUGUUUUGGAUUCCAAAUCCAUUGAUGAAACUCUUGCAGUUUAUGCAAGCUGGGAGCCCAGGCAUGCUCGACAUAAAAUUCCAUGUAAUCGAUAUGUGAAACUGGGAACAGUUCUUCGCCAAUUCGGAUAUUCAGUGGUUGCACUUCAUGGCUGUUUACAAACUGAAAUUCAGACUCCGAAAUCGGUUCGAGCCCUGUUCAAAGAUCCAUGCAUUCGCCUAGCUUGUGAAGUCUCAAAAGCGCUUACAGAGCUUGCCAAUAGUGUUAAAAAUCGCCGCCAAUGCUCCCCGGAGAUACUCUCCGAUCACCUCCACGAAGCUCUACAAGACCUCGACGCUGCCAUAAAAUCUCAACCGAGGCUGUUUCUCGGAUCCAACGAGAACCACGCCGGCAACAUGCUAGCCCUAGCAGCUGCACACGCAACGCAAAAGCAACAAAAAGAAACAGAAGCAAAAAUCUCAUUAUCGAGCGUAAAAACCGACUCUUCUGCGCUGCUGGAAUGGAAAACGAAGAGAAAAACCGACCCGUCGGAACUGGAGGGGAAGACGUUGAGGCCACAGCUGAGUAAAAUCGCAAUAAUGAGCCUCGAAUUCUCGGAAGCGCUUCCUUUUGCUUCCUUUGCUUCUUUGCUGUUAGAGAUCGUGGCGAGGCUGGAUACUGUGAUUGAGGAAGUGGAAGAACUCGGGAGAAUUGCGCAGUUCAACGAGUACAGCCAUGGCGAUGAUCAGAUCGUUGUGACCUGUGAAAGGCCAUUGAAAAUGGAUAAUCAUUUACCUUCUGACGCCGCAUAAUUGAAAUUGCAUGAUAUGGUUCUUUGCUUGCUAGAUAUACUGAAAUUUAUUUUAUUGUAUUUGUUUGGUGAAUAAUAUUUUUAUUUUUAUUUUUUUAA